CCUGAGGCAGAGAGAAGGUCUCCCUGGUGAGGAAUCUCAUUCUGGGGGCUGCCUUGCUUGAGAAUCCCAGAGAUGAACGGCCUUCUCCCACUGGCUUGGUUCCUCAUUUGUAGUGUUCCUGCUGUGCCCGGGGGCUUGCUGGAGCUCAAGUCCAUGAUUGAGGAGGUGACCAAGAAGGAUGCCCUGAUGAGCUAUGGCUUCUAUGGCUGCUACUGCGGCUUGGGCGGUCAGGGGACCCCCAAGGACGGCACCGAUUGGUGCUGUUGGGUGCAUGAUCACUGUUAUGGGCGGCUGGAGGAGAAAGGCUGCCAAAUCUGGACACAGCCAUAUACAUACAGAUUUGCACGGGGACUGGUCACCUGCGGGUCCGGGUCCUUCUGCCAACAGCAGCUCUGCACCUGUGACCAGAAGCUUGCCCACUGUCUGAAGAGGAACCUGAGGAGCUACAACACUUGCUACUUAUACUUUCCCCAAGUCUUCUGCUGACAGAGGCUUUUUUUCCCUUCUCCUAUAUCACGGAGCUCACUCAUGCUGCUGGGCUCUUUGCUGCUGGGCUCUUGAGAGAGGCUCCUGAUCUCGGCCCUCCUUCUCUCUCCAUGGCCCACGGGGCUCAGAGGAGCCCCAUGGCCACUCUUCAUGCUGCACAGAGUCCCAGGAGAGGGACUCUGCUGGUAGGACAUGGUAAGGUCAGGGUCCCUGACCUCCACUUGUGAGCUCACCCCUAGCUCCGGGCCGGCUAUCUCCCCCUUACCCUGAAGACAGCACCACCCCCCAAUCCAGGAAGAUGCAUUUACUUUUCAGUUUCUGCAAUCUUGGAUUCUCACCACCACCCUCUAGAGAGUGUACCAUACAAAUAUUAAAUAAAAUUUAUUUUUAAGACAAAAUCACACAGGCAUUUUCCUCUGCUCCGGGGAAUUGCCCGCACCUCUUCUCCCUCUGCCACUGGGGCUCUGGAACCCAACUCUACCGUAGACUCUCAGGAACAGAGAGUGUGGGUUCAUAAAUAGAAGCUUUUAGGGGAUCAGGGGCACCUGGGUGGCUCAGCGGGUUAAGCCUCUGCCUUC